AUGUCAAUACGACGAUCUGCGCGAUUGAGCGCACGCCCGCCAACUACUUCAACACCAGCAUCAAGUGUUCCCAAGGUCCAACACACUGGAGUCUCUAAAUCACGAAAGGCUUCCAAAGCCAAGAAGGCGACCCCUGUCACCAUCGCCCCCAAGUCCGUGCCUUCAUAUUGGUCUCCAGAGCCCUCUGCGCCUUCAGCGACAAUCACGACACCCGUACAGAAUACAGAUCAGAAGCACACACCCACUCUGAAUGGCAGAACCCUCACUCCUCCCCCGCUCGACCGUCCUGUUGACCCUCAUCGAACAAACGUGACUCUCCUCACCCCGUACGGCUCUACCGUCAAUGCCUACCCAACCAACGCAGAAGAUACGUCGCCAUCCAAGACAGGAUUGCCUCCCCCGACCGCGACAACGGGGACACUAAUCGAGCAAGCGGUCGCGCACUUGAUCGCAACAGAUCCGCGUCUGCAACCUAUGAUCGAACAACAUCCUUGCCCACUGUUCACACCAGAGCGACUCGCCGAGCAGAUUGAUCCGUUCAAUAGCCUGGUGAGUAGUAUCAUAGGCCAACAAGUCUCCGGCGCCGCUGCCAAGUCGAUCCGAAACAAAUUCUUGGCUUUGUUCAAUAUCUCGGGGGACGUCGAGGGCGAACCGGUACCGAGGUCAAGAUUUCCGACGCCACAGCAAGUCGCACAAUGCGAUAUACCAUCUUUGCGCUCGGCGGGCUUGUCGCAGAGAAAGGCAGAAUAUAUUCAAGGGCUGGCGGAGAAAUUCGCCAACGGCGAAUUGAGUGCCGCCAUGCUGGCACGGGCAAGUGAUGAAGAGUUGGUGGAGAAGCUGACGGCAGUGCGUGGUCUGGGACGAUGGUCUGUGGAGAUGUUUGCCUGUUUUGCCCUCAAGCGAAUCGAUGUCUUUUCCACGGGGGAUCUGGGUGUGCAACGGGGAUGUGCGGUAUUUGCGGGACGCGACGUCAGCAGGUUGAAGGGUAAAGGGGGCGGCAAAUGGAAGUAUAUGUCGGAAAAGGACAUGUUGGAACUGGCCGCCAAGUUCGCACCUUACAGGAGUCUUUUCAUGUGGUACAUGUGGCGAGUCAGCGACGUGGAUGUGGCAGUUCUUUCAGUGUGA